GUGACUCCAUGUGGGCGUGUUUAAGGCCGCUGAUGUAAACACGGCAGACGCGUUUCUAUUUUUUUGUUGUUUGAGUCUGGAAGUCUUGAUCUAUGCGGCAGCGCGGAUAAAUUCACCCCGCCAUGGAGCUGUACAUCAACCUGAAGGUGAAUUUUCGGGGCAACACGAAGAGUUUUCUGCUGUCCGGGUCCGAGCAUAAGAGCUGGGAGUCAAUGGAGGCCACGGUGAAAAGAUCUUUCGGCUUGUGCAGCUUGCAGCUGACGUACCUGGACGAGGAAAACGAAGAGGUGUCGAUAAACAGCCAGCUGGAGUAUGAAGAGGCUCUGAAGAGCGCAGCGCGGCAGAGCAACAGGCUGCAGAUGAACGUGUACGAGAGCAGAUCGACGACCGGCCGUGUUCCGGGUCCGGUCCCGGGCCCGGGUUUGUCCCAGGUGAAAUCUGGAAGCCUGACGGAGCCGAAGAGAGGAUUCCGGCCUCCUCAGCACUUCCCGAGCCUGGCACAGGCGGUGAGCCGAAAAGUUCAGGCUGCUGCGCUCGAGGAGGGUUUAGUGACCCUUAACGAGCUGAAGGGCGGGAAAGCUGAGGAUAAGACGCCUCCAGCCUGGUUCACCUCUUACAUGGAGAAGUUUAAGGACCAGGUGGUUCGUGAGGCUGUGGAAAAGAUCUGCAGGGAGUUCUCAGGCCAGUGUUGCAUCCAUAAACCCCUGGGAGCUGAGGCUCAGGUCUCGGAGGUUUCCUCGUCCACGCUUCCCGGCGCAAGCUCGGCUCCAGCCUGCAGCAGCUGCAGAGGGCAGACGGCAGGUGGAGGAUACCAGUGCAGCGUGUGCACGUCCUGCACCCUGUGUGAGCCGUGUAGCUUCUCACACGACCCGAGCCACAACCUGGUGAGAGCUCGGACGCCUCUCUCCAUCCCUGAGCGUGGAUCUCCAGCACCGGAUCAGAGCAGGUUCUACAGACGAGGAGAUCGGAGCUUUCGCAAGGCGGAGAAGCAGCGCUUGAAGGCGGAGAAGCGUCAGCUGAAGGCGGAAGUGAAGGAGAUCAGGAAGCAGCUGAGGAUGGAGAGGAGGAGUCUGCAGUGGGGCUGUGCAGGAGACGGAAACUCCUCCCCUGUGCUGCUACAGCCACGGGCUACACAGGCCAACAGCCCCGAGCGUCCGAAGCGUCCGUGUCCUCUAGCUGUCCCAGCGAUGACUGCGCUGCUGCUGGACGAAAAUCUGCCAGACGGUUCUCGUCUGAGGCCCGGGACCAAAUUUAUCAAAUACUGGAAGAUGAAGAACAGCGGCACAAUGAGCUGGAACUCGGACACUAAACUGAAGUUCAUGUGGGGGAAUCUGGCCGUGGGUUCGGGGGAGAGGUGGAGGGAGGUGUCUGUGCCCACGCUGCAGCCGGGGCAGGUGGGAUUAGUGAGCGUGGCGUUAAGUGCUCCCACCCUCGAGGGCACCUACACCUCACACUGGCGCCUGGCGCACGGAGGAGAGCAGUUCGGCCCACGGGUUUGGUGCAGCAUCGUCGUGGAUCCCGAAGCUCCAACUGCCAUUUCUGCUGACGGCCUUCUGGUGUCUCCAUGUGUCACUCCGCAGGAGAAAUCAGCUCGGACGUUAGAGAGGGAGGAGAAGAACCGCACAACAUCUGAGCCGCUGCUCAUCACCGUGGAUGAGGAUUGUGAUCAGGAGUUUUACAUUCCAUCUGUGGAUCUGCUGACGGCGCAGGACUUGCUGUCUUUUGAGCUUCUGGACAUUAACAUUGUGCAAGAGUUGGAGAGCGUUCCCAACAACACUCCCGCAGAUAUUACUCCCUGCAUUUCUCCUCUGCCCCAUGAUGCACUGCUGCAGGAUAAAACUUCUCCUCCGGGGAUCAUUCAGGAGGAAGCUGGGGAGGAAGUGCACGUAGUCAAUAGCAUUCUGGCCGUUUCUCAGGCCACAGAGUUAGGGGGAGUUCCUGCCCAGGAAAAAGGAGAGGAGGAUUUGAUUGGCCGUCAGUUUGUGAGCCAGUCAGUGAUUCGUUCUCUCACGCUGGGGUGUGACCAUACAAUGUUGCGUCCAGCACCGCAGGGCUCCGUGUCUCUCUGUGAGAGGAGGAUGGACAGAAUGGCAGAAAGCGCUGAUGUCCCACUUUCAGGUCCACCCAAAACUGAGUCUGAGGACCUUCUGGAUCCUUCUCCUCUCAUCUCUGUUCCUGCUGAACUCGUCACUGCAGAUGAAGGGAACGAAUCAGAUAUCGAGCGGAUCGUAAUGGACCCGGCUGCUGGAGACGAGGGCUAUGAGGACGAGGAAGAGGACUCGGAGGAGAGGCAGAAGGACAGAAAGGAGGUGGAGAAGGAGAAAAAGAAAGCGACAGAUGUAGAAGAGGGCAAAGAGGGUCGCAGCAGGACGUCGUCCGCCUCCUCGGAGGAUUACAUCAUCAUCCUGCCCGACUGUUUCGACACAACGCGUCCCCUCGGGGAGUCCAUGUACAGCUCGGCCGUGUCUCAGCAGGGAGACGAGAGCCUGGAGCGAGUUAGCGCAGACGCUAACGACAUGCUGUGUGCAUCGCAGACGCUGGACUCGGUGCCGCUCACGCCCGUGAUUGUAGCUGUGCCAAGACCUUCAGCAAAAUACAGCUCAGAGACUGAGGAGCAGCUCGGAGCAGCAGAGACGCCUCAGGUGGAGGAGCUUCAUCAGCCUGUAGGCAAAGUAGAGGAACCAAAAGAGCCUGAAUCUGCAUCCAGUGCAUCAGACAUGGUGAACUCUUGUACAGCUGCUGACUCGGAGAUCCAGGAGCUGAAAGCGAACAGUAUAACAGGAGGUCUGGUGAAGGGGGCGCUGUCUGUCGCUGCGUCUGCGUAUAAAGCUCUGUUUACGGGACAAUCCGGCCCUCAGCAGCUUCCUGAAGAAGCAGCAACACAGGAUGCCAUGAUGGCCGUCCUGGUGGAGAUGGGUUUCGCCGACCGAGCGCUGAAUCAGCAUCUGCUGCAGAAACACGGCCCCAACCUGCUGGACGUCGUAAACGAACUCGUGCACAUGCAGGACAACGACUGGUACACCACUCGCUACUAACACGCCCAGGGCGCAAUCUACUUCCUCUUUCCAGCUCGUUCCUUCCUUCUGUCCCCGUGUGUGUGUGUGUGUGUGUGUGUGUGUGUGUGUGUGUGUGUGUGUGUGUGUGUGUGGAAAACCAGGGCUCAAAAUCCUGAUUCCUGAACUCAUGAGAAUUCCUCUUCAGCAUUCCCACUGUUUACAUUCGUGGUGUUAAUAUGAGUUGUCGUUGUUGGACUGGAGGUCAAAAGUUUUUGGACACUGUUCAGCGUUUGAUUUGAUUUUCAGUUUAAACCUCUGAGCUUCAAUCUAAUAUCUGCUCAGAGCGAGAGACGACCAUACAGUCACAAUCUCACGUCAGGCUUCUUUGACUGAUUUUCCGUUUUGGACAUAAAAAGGUUUAAUUGGUUUUCGAUUUCGUAAAAAAAAAAAACUGGACAGAGUUUUCCAAAGCUGCUUAGUUUAAUCAGAAAAAACUGAAACCGAACUCGUUGAGGUCUAGAAAAAAAAAAUAUCUGGAGAAAAAUGUGUCAAAAUUAAUAAUAAUAUUGAUUCUGAUUUGUUUUAAUAUGCGUUUGAAAGGUCUGAGGUUUAAUGAAAGUAUAUUAUUAUUAUAUAUUAUGUAUUAUUAACCUUAAUAAAAAGCUUUUACACAACGCAAAAAUUAAAUCUGGAACAAGAUUAAAACAAACAAACACAAACUGGCACACAAUUGGAUAAACAUCUGGAAUUUUAAAAAGGUAUAUUUAUUAGAAAGGAUUAGUAUAUAUAUAUUAUUUUUAAUUUUUUAUAGAGGGUCUGGAGUUUAUUAAUAACAGUAAAAAAAAAAACUGAAAUAAAUCCUGAAAAGUUCUGGAGCAAAAAUAAAUAAAGAAAAAAAUUAUAUAAAGUCCUGCAAAACAUCUGCAAAAAUAAUUUGGAACAAGUGUAAAAAAUGAUUGGAAUUUACAACUAAUAAUAAUAAUAAUAAUAAUAAUAUUAUUAUUAUUAUUAUUAUUAUUAUUAUUAUUAUUGCAACAAUUCUAAAAAGGGUUUGUACAAAAUAAGAUUUAAAAUUGUAUAUUAAAAUAUCUGAAAAAUGUAUUCAGGACCUUUCUGGAUCAUGUCCCAAAAGCUUUAACAAUUCAAAGAAUCUGAAGAAUAAUAUCCAUUCAUUUAAAAAAUAUUUCUUCAUCUGAGGAAAAAUGAUGACUCCGUGUUCUAAAACUUUUGGCAUCCUGUACGUGUAGUUACUUCAUUAGAAGGAAGUUAUAAUGCAAAAUAAAAUAAAUAAAAAUCACAUGACGCACAAGCAGCAGAGAAAAUCCCGAAUAGUUCUGAUGAGUGUUUUACUGACUUCAUCAUCAUCAGAAACAGUGGUGGUGCUUCUGCUCUGAACUCUUUACCUGGAGAGAGCGAGUGAUGUGGAGAGCGAGUGAUGGGGGGAGCGAGUGAUGGGGAGAGCGAGUGAUGGGGGGAGCGAGUGAUGGGGAGAGCGAGUGAUGGGGAGAGCGAGUGAUGGGGAGAGCGAGUGAUGGAGAGAGCGAGUGAUGGGGAGAGCGAGUGAUGGGGAGAGCGAGUGAUGGAGAGAGCGAGAGAUAAUGAUAGUGACAGAGGCUGAGAGUGUGAUAGAGAGUGAAUGAUGGAGAGAAAGUGAAAACCUGAUGGAGACAGAGGGUGAUGGAGUGAUGGAGAGAGAGAAGAUGGAGUGAUAGAGAGAGAGAAGAUGGAGUUUGAAGUGCAGUAGAUUCAUUCGGUGGUGUUCGAAGAAUCUAAACCACAUUCCCUUCUCAGUAUAAAGGCAUGUUUUUCAGGACAAGUCUGUGCUGAUCGAUUAAGACGUGUGUGUGUGUGUGUGUGUGUGUGUGUGUGUGUGUGUGUGUGUGUGUGUGUGUGUGUGUGUGUGUGUUCAGUUAGGUUCCUGGACUUGUUCUUCAGAAAGCCCUGGAUUUGACUCGAUUGCUAGUUUGGAAGAAUGGUUUUCAUCAUCAGUAUAAAUGAGUAACAGCAUCCCUCAUUUUUGUUGGUGGUGUUUGUGGAUAUUAAAUAAUUAAUUAAUUAAAUUAAUAAAUCAAUCAUUAAAUGCACUCAGAGGUCAGCUGUGUUCGCUGAUCAUCGAUCAGCACUCGAUGAUAAAAUGAUGGUGUGGUACAGAAGAGCAUGAGGAAGAGCAUGAUGAUGAUGAUGAUGAUGAUGUGGCGUGUGCGGUGUGUAAUUUUAAAUGUUUUGUUUUAAAAAAAAAAACCCCUGAAGCUUAAAUGUAAGUGAGGAUAAAUACUGUAUCAUGCUGUGAAACGCUUCGUUCUAUUAUUAUAUAAUAUAUAUAAUGUACAUAUACAUGCAAAAAAACAUGACUCGAGCAGCAAUCAUGAAAUUCCUUGCACAUGAUGUUCAACAUUAUAGAAAUGCUUGUAAUGAAGGGAAAAAGGCCUUGUGGAAAUGAUUUCUAUUUUGAGAAUUUGGUUUCCUUCAUACUUCAAUUCGAAAAAAGCACCUUAAGGGAAAUUUGUGUGGGAAAAAAUCAUUCCGUGAUGAUGAUGAUGAUGAUGAUGAUGCGUUCAUGUUGAUCCUUUUUUUUCGACUCCUUGGCGUAUUUAUUGAAAGUCCCGCUUGUCAGAAUGGGUGUAAAUACUUUUAGUUUCAUUCUGUAUAAGUACACAAAGUGUACACUUUAUAUUUACACUUUAACUCGCACUAAUUAUUAGGAAUCUUUUUGUUACAUUUGUUUUUUGUGCCUUUUUUCUUUAGUUUUUUUUUUUUCCUGUAAUUUCUUCAGCUGAUCCGGAAAGACAUCUUUUCCUCCGGAUGCUUUUAGGAAUCAUUAGAAAUGUAAAGAUGACCAAAAAAAAGAAAAAGCCGUGGACCGUGUUGUUUAUGUAUCCGAGCGGGUGGGAACGGCGACGCAGUGAAUCGACUCGUGCUGUUGUUUAUGUAACACACACCUGGUGUAUGAAUCUGUCUGUAAUAAACGCUCAGAAAACCGAACAAA